AUGGCUCCCCGCAAAUACACCAAGACCUACAAGGUCCCACGUCGUCCCUUCGAGUCGGCUCGUCUUGACUCCGAGUUGAAGAUUGUCGGCGAAUACGGUCUCCGCAAUAAGCGUGAGGUGUGGCGUGUCCAGCUCACCCUCUCCAAGAUCCGUCGUGCCGCUCGUCAACUUCUCACCCUCGACGAGAAGGAUCCCAAGCGUCUCUUCGAAGGCAAUGCUCUCAUUCGCCGCCUGGUUCGUGUCGGUGUGCUCGACGAGUCCCGCAUGAAGCUCGAUUACGUGCUGGCCCUAAAGGUCGAGGAUUUCCUGGAGCGCCGCCUCCAGACUUGCGUCUACAAGCUCGGCUUGGCCAAGUCCAUCCACCACGCUCGUGUCCUCAUUAGGCAGCGUCACAUCCGCGUCGGUCGCCAGAUCGUCAACGUACCAUCUUUCAUCGUCCGUCUCGACUCUCAGAAGCACAUCGACUUCGCCCUCACAUCACCGUUCGGUGGUGGGCGUCCUGGCCGUGUGAGGAGGAAGAAGGCCAAGGCUGCCGAGAAGAAGGAUGAUGGUGAGGAGGGUGGCGAAGAUGAGGAGGAAGAGUAG